AUGACGCGCCGCAUAGUGCGAACGAGCAUUCAGCUCCUCGGCCUCAUCACUGUCGCCUCGCUAGUCGUCUUCGUCCUCGACAACCGCUAUCGCGUACUCCCUCAGUCGGUCCACAACCACCUGCCACUGCACCACGAGGGCCUCGUCAUCACCGACAUCACCAUUCAGACAUGCUCGACACUCAACCCGCUCUCCAAAUGCAUGCUCGACCAGAAGAAGUGGCAUCGCGUGGAGAAAGACCUGUACCUGGGCUCAGGAUGGGUAUCUAGCGCAUACGUGCAUAUCAAGCGCAAGCGAGAGGAGGAGCUCGAUCCGGAAGACAAGGUCGUCAUCGAUGUGCGGACGGGGAAGCUAGAUCCCUCGGUGGGAGAGAAGACACAGGCAGCAGAGAGGUGGGAGUCUCGACCGGCAGGCGUCUGGAUCAAGCGUUCACUGAAGCGCCACGCAAGCGACUCGAAGAUGGCAGUGACGGCUGUGGACGCACUCUUUGGACCGGAUGCUGCCGAGCCACGUCCUGGCUGGCAACUGGUGAAAAAUGGAGCACUGCACUUGGACUCUGGAAAGGACAACAGGGAGCCAAGACUAAGCAUACGACGAGGCCCGCCGCCGAAACACGAAAGACCCGUGCCCAAGAUCAACAAGGAUGGAAAAUACAAAAUUAUGCAGAUAUCCGACCUGCAUCUCAGUACAGGAGUGGGAGUGUGUAGAGACGCAGAGCCCAAGGACGCCAACGGAGGGCACUGUGACGCGGAUCCGAGAACCUUGGAGUUUGUCGAGAGGGUCCUUGAUGAUGAGAAGCCAGACUUUGUUGUGCUCUCUGGUGAUCAGGUGAAUGGAGACACAGCACCCGAUGUCCAGAGUGCCAUGUUCAAGAUCAUUGAACCCCUUGCCGAGCGCAAAAUUCCCUAUGCCGCCAUAUUCGGCAACCAUGACGACGAAGGCACCCUCUCGCGCCAUGCACAAAUGGGCCUCUACGAAUCUCUUCCUUACUCUCUUAGCGAGGCUGGCCCCAACACUAUCGAAGGCGUUGGCAACUACUUUGUUGAGAUACAGGCUCACAGCAGUAAGCACUCGGCCCUAACCCUUUACUUCCUGGACACACACUCGUACUCGCCUGAUGAAACACAUUACCGUGGCUACGACUGGCUCAAAGUCAAUCAAAUCAACUGGUUCAAGACUACCGCCGAGAGCCUAAAGGAUGCGCACAGCCAUUACACACACAAGCAUCUCAACAUGGCAUUCAUCCACAUCCCGCUCCCCGAAUACGGCAACCCAGACAACGACCGCGUGGGCAACUGGACGGAACCCAUCACCGCUCCGGCAUUCAAUACGCACUUCAAAGACGCGCUCGUCGAGUUCGAUGUCAGCGCGGUCUCGUGCGGCCACGACCACGUCAAUGACUACUGUGCGCUUUCCAAGGACCCGUCCUCUGGUGACCCGGAGAUCUGGAUGUGCUAUGCUGGCGGCAGUGGAUUUGGCGGGUACGGCGGAUACAACCAUUAUCAUCGCAGACUGAGGGUCUUUGAGAUUGACACGAACCAAGCGCGCAUUUCGACGUGGAAGAGGCUGGAAUACGGCGAUACGGAGAAGAGGGUGGAUGAGCAGAUUAUUGUGGAUUCGGGCAGGGUCAUGCCGUUGCAGAGUGCGAAUCAGCGGCCGGAGGGAGAAGGGUGA